UUAACAGCAAAAUAUUUUAUCAAAAUGCAGCAAGCUGCUCAUAAAACAGUACAGGACGAAGAUGGGCGCCGUGCACAAACUGCAUUUGCAAAAUUUUUGAGAAGUUAUGAGGAUUCUGAUGGUUAUAAAUUAUAUAUGGAACAAAUUGAUGAAUUGAAAAAUCCUGGACGGAAUACUCUAUAUGUUAAAUUCUCACAUAUUUGUGCUUAUAGCGCUGUUUUGUCGUCAACUAUUGAAUUACAAUUUCAUCGCCUCUACCCGUUCCUUUGCAAUGCAAUUCGUGAUUUGGUCAUCGAAAAAUGUGACAAUGAUGAAAUAAUAAAACAUGGUCGUUUACAACGAACAGAAUUUUAUCUUGGAAUUUUGGACGUUAAAACAAAACAUUCAAUUCGACAUUUGACUGGAGACAAAGUUGGGAAAUUAAUUAGAAUUUCUGGUCAAAUUGUUCGAACACAUCAAGUACAUCCAGAAUUGUGUUUGGGAACUUUUGUAUGUGAUGAUUGUGGUGUUACUAUUAGAAAUGUUCCCCAACAAUUUCAAUAUACACAGCCAAUUAAAUGCGAAAAUCAGCAAUGUCAAAAUCGAAGUCGUUUUAUGCUAAACGUUUAUGAUUCUUUGUUUGUUGACUUUCAACGUUUAAAAAUUCAAGAAAAUCAAGACGAAUUGCCUCUUGGAUCUGUGCCUAGAAAUGUUGAUGUAAUUAUUAGAGGAGAAUCUGUUGAGACUGCUCAACCUGGUGAUCAUUGCGAUUUUAUUGGAACUCUUAUUGUUAUUCCUGAUGUUGCUAUGUUGGCUACUCCAGGUGUUCGUAGUCAAAUAAAAGCUCAAACACGAACUAAGGAUGCUGAUCGUAUUGGGCUUCGUGGUCUCAAGUCUUUGGGUGUUCGCGAUCUUACUUAUAAAAUUGCUUUUCUGGCUAGCAGUAUUCAACCUUCAAAUCCAACGUUUGGAGAUAUCGACUUUACCCAUGAAGAAGUUUCAGCAAAUGAAUUAUGGGAAUCUUUGCCUCCACAUGAUCAAGAAAAAUUAAAAUCAAUGACAGAAGAUGUUCAAAUUGUUGAAAAUAUGUGUAAUAGUUUAUUUCCAAAUAUUUUUGGAAGCGAACAAAUUAAAUUGGGAAUACUUUUAAUGUUAUUCGGAGGUGUUGCUAAGAGAACUACUGGAACUACUUUAAGAGGAGAUAUUAAUAUUUGUUUGGUUGGUGAUCCGUCAUGUGGAAAAAGUCAAUUUUUGAAAACUGUCGAAAAAUUUUCUCCUCGUGUUGUCUAUACUAGUGGAAAAGCAUCCAGUGCUGCUGGUUUAACUGCUGCUGUUGUUAAAAGUGAAGAUUCUUUUGAUUUUGUUAUAGAAGCGGGUGCUUUAAUGUUGGCAGAUAAUGGUGUUUGUUGUAUCGAUGAAUUUGAUAAAAUGGAUCCAAAAGACCAAGUAGCUAUUCACGAAGCUAUGGAACAACAAACAAUUUCAAUUACUAAAGCUGGAGUAAAAGCUACUUUAAAUGCAAGAUGCUCAAUUUUAGCUGCUGCAAAUCCUAUUGGUGGAAAAUAUGAUCAAUCUAAACCUCUUCGUUAUAAUGUUAUGUUAACAGCUCCAAUAAUUUCUCGUUUUGAUUUAUUUUUUGUUUUGGUUGAUACUAAUGAUAAUUCUGUAGUUGAUUAUGAAAUUGCAAAGAAAAUCUUAGAAAAUCAUCGUCGUGCAUUUAAUCGUCAACAAGCUAAUACAAUUUAUACAAUGGAAGAAGUUAGAAAAUAUAUAAUGUUUGCAAGAUGUUUUAAACCGAGGAUUUCUGAAGCUGCUGAACUUGCAUUAAAAUCAGCAUAUUUAAAAUUUCGUUUAAACGAUGAUGGAUCGAGAAUUAAAGUGACAGUUCGUCAAUUGGAAUCAUUAAUUCGUCUGUCUGAAGCAUAUGCUCGUUUAAAAUGUGCUCCUGAGGUUCUUCCUGAACAUGUUACUAAAGCAACAAAAUUACUUUCUGAAACUAUUGUUCGUAUGGGAAGUAAACAAAUAAGUUUGGAAGAGGAGGAUGAUGAUGAAUUUACGCCAUUAUCUUCCCAUCACCACCCAUUAAGUGAUUUAACAAAUAAUAGCCAAGAAUUGGUAGAAGAAAGGAUGGAUAUUGACCCAAUACAUUUAACAAUGUCUGAUGUUGAAUUUGGAAGAAUUACUGAAAUGUUAGUUGUUCAUAUGCGAAGAGAAGAGGCGUUACAUGGAGAGGAGGAAGACUGGAAAGGUGUUAAACAAUCUCAGCUUGUUGAAUGGUAUUUAGAAAUGAUGGAACCAAAUAUACAAACAGAAGAAGAUUAUAAAUUACAUAAAACAAAAAUUGAGCGUAUAAUACCCAAAUUAAUAAGAAAUAAAGUAAUUAUUCGAAUGGAUGAAGGGGAAGGUGAUGAUAAUGAGGAGGAAGGAGCUAAUGGUAAUAAUGAGAACGCUAUUCUUUUGGUACAUCCAAGCCAUGUAAGCGAUGAUUAAAAAUGAAUUUUUUUGAAUGUUUUGAGGAGAAAAGUCAAAUAUUUUGGGAAGUAGAAUUAAAGGGAUUGGAUUAGGAUAAAAUAAGGGAUAGGUAAAAAAUCGGCUUUUACUAUCUAUUGC